UUGAAACUAAAAGGUUUGACUUAAUCGAUGGUACAUCUGAAAAACCAAGUACGUAUAGGUUUCUUCUUCUCUGCCAUUCUGCCUAAAACCUCCUAAAAAGCCCCCAUAAUAUAAGAAAUCUUGCAUGAUUCAUGUGCAAAAUAACCAAAUUAGGUAUUUAACUUUUUUUUAAAGUUCCAACAAACUUUGUGGUUUCGGUCCAUUCCAAGAUAGAUCAUCCGAGCUACCCCUAAGAGGACAUUGACCCACAAAUCUUAACUCUUCAUUAAAUAUCAGCUUCCUUCAUUUCAAAGGAAGGAAAGAAAGAAGUUUUCUUCUUUCAAAAUUUUGAGUUUCAGACUUCAGAGGUUGCAGAUUCAAGAGGUUUCAUACUCAUCAGUUUCUUGUUGUCUCUCUUAUUUUGCCCAGAUUUGACGAUGCCCAUGUUCUGGAGAAAGCAGUCUAACAAUCAUGCAAAGGAAGAAGCUGCAGAAAAAUCUGCCAAGGUCCAAGAAUUAAGGACUGCCAUUGGACCUCAAUCUGGACGCAGCUUAAAGUACUGCACUGAUGCUUGUCUGAGGAGAUAUCUGGAAGCCCGAAAUUGGAAUGUCGCCAAGGCUCAGAAAAUGCUUGAGGAGUCACUCAAGUGGAGAGCCACAUACAAGCCAGAAGAAAUUCGCUGGCACGAAGUAGCAGAAGAAGGUGAAACCGGGAAAGUAUCCAAAGCCAAUUUUCAUGACAGAUCAGGCAGAACUGUCCUUAUAAUGAGGCCAGGAAAGCAGAAUACGACAUCACCUGAGGGUAAUGUUCGUCAUCUAGUUUAUCUCAUGGAAAGUGCCAUCCUUAACUUGCCUGAAGGCCAAGAGCAGAUGUCCUGGCUGAUAGACUUCAAUGGAUGGUCAUUGAACACUAACAUUCCCAUUUCGACAGCCAGAGAUAUCAUUAAUGUUCUACAGAAUCAUUACCCUGAGAGACUUGCCAUUGUCAUUCUUUACAGCCCACCAAGGAUCUUCGAGGCAUUUUAUAAGGUUGUGAAGUAUUUUGUUGAUGCAAAAACAUCUGAAAAAAUACACUUCGUAUACCCAAAUAACAAAGACAGUAUGGAAUUGAUGAAGACAUUUUUCGACUCUGAUAACCUUCCUAGUGAAUUCGGAGGGAAGACAACGCUGAACUAUGAUCAUGAGGAGUUUUCAAGAAUAAUGAUUCAGGAAGAUGUGAAAACGGCCAAAUAUUGGGGCCUUGACACUACACCCUUGAACGGUUCUGAUAAAAACUCUGCAACGCUUGUGGCUCCCGAGCCAGAGAGCAUUGCAUCGGCUGCAAGCUGAGUGACUCUAAGAGACCAAUAAUAUACUCAUGCCGCAAUGUGGUUUGCUUUUCAUGCUUCACGAUUAACAAACUCACCGGCGAAGAGUGAAUAUUAACUAUAGUACUAUUCUUAUGUUUAUAUGACUUUGUCAUACAACAUUUUCACUUCAUGAAUGGCCGAAGAUUGUCUAGGAGCCUAUGUACAUGAGAUGUAGCAUAUGAGUUUGAAACACAAACUUUUGAUGUAAUGCUUUUGUACAAGCAGUAUUGGCUAUUGCCCUAUCAAAAGCCUCAGGAACAUGGGACCUUCUCUUAAGAAUUUCAUUGUUUGGAUUAAACCAUACUGUACAUUAACAAGGAAAGACAAAACACAAGGAGGAACAAUCUUCACAAUUAAGGCUACAUACAGAGACUCAGCAUUCUACUUUCACAGCCAGAAAACUACCCUUCGAUAGACAAAAGUAUGAAAGGCAUGUCAAAGUUCACUGGAAUAAAGACAUUCAUCCACUAGUUGGCGAAGGUUGGGGUUCUCCAAAGCUGCAGCAACUCUUUCUUUAUCAUUCAAUUGUUUAUUAACUGCAAAAUAGCAAAGAACAAGUGCUCUUUCUCACUAACUUAACCAAUCAGUCAAUAACUAAUGAGCAGGUAAUGAAAUGAUGAACUCAAGCAUCAUUAAGACACCACAAACAUAAAAGCUCAUUUCUUUUGUUUAAAUGUUUUACUUUUCUUGAUUGGAUAGUCUUCUAGCAGAUACGUAAAAUCAGUAUCUUACAUUUACUUCGGAGAAAGCAUAAACAGUUAACUUUUCUCAUCCUUACCAGAUUCUUCAUCUGCAUGAGAUCCUGGAGCCACUUUAAUGUCCACCUGUAAAAUGAAGUCAACUUCAAGAAUUAGCAACAAAAAAGUAAUCUUGUGAAUGUAUAUGCUUCCAAUGCUCGAAGAGAUAUGAAUAUGACUGAUGAUUACAAUUAGAACAGCAGGGCUAGAGAAAGAGAACAAAAAAUACAGAUUGUUUGACUAAAAUUUUUAACACAUGCUGUGAUGCUGAGAUUGAUACAGUCACCAAUUUGUGAUGAAUAUAAGUCAGCUAACAACUCCUGCUAUGAGUCCAGAGACUUCAAACAGAAAUAUAAGUAGGAAGCUUAAAUUUUACAAAGAUCAGGCUCUGUACUGAAGAUUGUCACAUCCAAAAUGAGUACACAAAUCUGCUAGUUGUAAAUGCAGACAAGUGCAAUAUGAAAAAAAGAAACACGUUGAGAGAGGAAACUUUGAACAAUGUCAAAGUAUGUCACAAGAACAAAGCCAACCUUAAAAUGUGCUGGAAAACAAUCCUUCAGUUUCUCCCUCAGGCACAAACCAAUAACAGUAGCCAUGCUGCAGUGCUGAAUUGUAGGUGUGAAAGUUAUCCUAAAGAAGAAGUAAUAAGAUGAGAUGCAACCCACUAUGAUAAAUUCUCACUUUCGAUGGAAAACAACAUUUUACUUGGUAGAUAGCUAAUUUCAAGACUAGGUGAAGGAAACAGGAGAAUUCCACCAGUUCCAUGACAAACCGAAAGCAAAUGGUAUGCAGGUCUCAAGAUUGUUAUAGGAUGCUUAGUUCAACAAAACCCUUAUCAUGGACACAUCAUCCGGAUUCCAUGAUGAGACAAACAAAUUUUAUAUACCCUAUAAAGAAAUACUCACAAAAUUGUCCUUAAUAUACUGUCCGACAGUUUUGCAGUAAGUGUAGAUAUAUUAAAUCACUUCUCCACACAUAACAAUCUGAUUUUGAUAUAAUUGCAUGAAUGAAGAAAUUAAAAUUUUAUUGAGUUCUUUCGACAAUUCCUAGGCAUAUACAGUUAUUUAGGCACUCAAACGGGCAAGCUAGAUCAAAAUCCCCAGUAGCUCCAUUGACUUACCACCAUUAAAACAUAGAUAUAUAGAAGGUGAUCAAUAAAUUUAUAUAUGAAUCAGUCAAUAAGUCAGUCAUGUUCUAUUUUGAUUCCUCUUCACCGUAAUUAAAGAAAAUCUCUCUUAAAAAGCAACAAAUUUGAUUGAAACUUGAGAAGGAAAAAAAAAAAAGAGAAAUGCUAACAGAAUGCGGCCGAGCUUCUCAUCCACAGUGAUGGACUCCUCAGAAAGCACACUUAGCUGCUCCAACGAGUAAGGGUGCUCUGGAUCCCUUAUAUCCCUCACGUAAU